GCGUGACGCUUUCCUGUGGCCUCAUUUUGCACGUGGCACUGGUGGCGAGAGGUUGUCGUUGCUGACACUGUGGUCCGCAUCGCCGAUAUGAAGCGGCCAAAGUUAAAGAAAGCAAGUAAACGCAUGACCUGCCAUAAGCGGUAUAAAAUCCAAAAAAAGGUGGGUGUUCAUCAUAGAAAACUGAGGAAGGAAGAAAAACGGGGUCGUAAGAAGCCUAGGAGACCAGGAUUCCAAACAGUGCUUCCCUUCAAGGAGGCUCUUCUUCGAGAAGCUGAGCUAAGGAAAGAGCGGCUUGAAGAGCUGAAACAGCAGCAGAAACUUGAUAGACAGAAGGAAGUGGAAAAGAAAAGAAAACUUGAAGCUGACCCUGAUAUUAAGUCAUCUAAUGAGGCAUCUCUGAAAGAGGAAUUUGGGCAACACAAAGCUAAGAACAAAGCCAAGUUGGGCAAACAGAAUCUGAAGAAGUUAUAUUGUCAAGAACUUAAAAAGGUGAUUGAGAUUUCAGAUGUUGUGCUUGAGGUUUUGGAUGCCCGAGAUCCUCUUGGCUGCAGGUGUCCCCAGGUAGAAGAAGCCAUUGUUCAGGGUGGACAGAAAAAGCUGAUACUUGUAUUGAAUAAAUCAGAUCUGGUGCCAAAGGAGAAUUUGGAGAGCUGGCUAAGUUACUUGGAGAAAGAAUUGCCAACAGUGGUGUUCAGAGCCUCAACAAUCCUGAAGGACAGAGGGAAGAUAGUCAAGGUAAAAAAGAAAGCUGCUCCAUUCAAAAGUGAAAUCUGCUUUGGAAAAGAGGGCCUUUGGAAGCUUCUUCGAGGUUUUCAGGAGACAUACGGCAAAGCCAUUCAGGUUGGAGUAAUUGGUUUCCCAAAUGUGGGAAAAAGCAGCAUCAUCAAUAGCUUAAAACAGGAACGGACCUGCAAUGUUGGUGUAUCCAUGGGGCUUACAAGGAGCAUGCAGGUUGUCCCCUUGGACAAACAGAUCACAAUCAUAGACAGCCCCAGCUUGAUCGUGUCUCCACUUAACUCUGCCACUUCACUUGCUCUGAGAAGUCCAGCAAGUAUUGAAGUAAUAAAACCAAUGGAGGCUGCCAGUGCCAUCCUGUCCCAGGCUGACACUCGACAGGUAGUGUUGAAAUUUACUGUUCCAGACUAUAAGAAUUCUCUGGAAUUUUUUACUUUGCUUGCUCAGAGAAGAGGACUGCACUAUAAAGGGGGAAGCCCAAAUGUGGAAGGUGCUGCCAAACUUCUAUGGUCCGAAUGGACAGGGGCCACCUUAAGUUUCUAUUGCCAGCCCCCUACAUCCUGGACUCCUUCCCCACAUUUUAAUGAGAGUAUUGUGGCAAACAUGAAAUGGGGCUUUAAUCUGGAACAACUUGAAAAGAACAAUGCACACUGCAUACAAGCCAUCAGGGGCCCUUGUUUAGCCAGUAGCAUCCUUUUCCAGUCUUCGGGUCUGACAAAUGGAAUAAUAGAGGAAAAUGACAUACCUGAGGAAUUGCCAAAACUGAAAGAGAGGAAGCAGGAGGAGCAGGAGCACAACAGUGGAGACAUUGACAGAGACCAGGAAAGUGUUGAUGGUGAAGAAACCAAGGAAAAGGGCACAGGCAUGUUCACUUCAGAAGUGAUAUGGGAAGCACCACCUCAGAAAUCUAAAGCAGGUGAACAGUUUUAUAAGCAAGAAGCGGGGCCUUCUGUCUCGAGUAAAAUGACUGAAGAGGAGGAUGAUGCUUACAAUUUCAGCACAGACUACAUGUAACAGAACCUAGUCCUUUAUAAGAGGUUUUCUUAACAUUUUGAGCACAUUGCUAAACUGCUUGUUAAACUUGUUUGUUAUUUAUAAUGUAUCAAUGUUAUGGUAUGACACAAGCGGUGUAAAUUUUGUGAAUAUGUAUAUGAGAUAUCCAAUAAAAGAACCAGGCAAUUUA